GCAAUAAGCAUCUACAGCGGUGAAAAAGAACCUGGUCUGUAAGCAAGAUGACCACUCAGAUCAAUUCCAACCUACAAUACAACUACGAAUAUGAAGAGUAUGAAUACAUGAACCAAGAGGAAGAAUGGGACAGGGACCUGCUCCUGGAUCCGGCAUGGGAGAAGCAGCAAAGGAAGACGUUUACAGCUUGGUGCAAUUCUCAUCUGCGGAAAGCUGGAACCCAGAUUGAGAACAUUGAAGAUGAUUUCAGAAAUGGAUUGAAACUGAUGCUACUCUUGGAAGUCAUUUCAGGAGAAAGACUUCAGAAGCCAGAUAGAGGAAAGAUGCGCUUCCAUAAAAUUGCAAAUGUCAACAAAGCUCUGGAUUUCAUAGCAAGCAAAGGUGUCAAACUUGUCUCAAUUGGUGCAGAAGAAAUUGUGGAUGGCAAUGUGAAAAUGACCCUGGGUAUGAUAUGGACAAUCAUCCUCCGUUUUGCUAUUCAAGAUAUCUCAGUGGAAGAGACAUCUGCCAAAGAAGGACUGCUGUUGUGGUGUCAAAGAAAAACGGCACCUUACCGAAAUGUGAACAUUCAAAAUUUCCAUCUUAGCUGGAAAGAUGGCCUUGGUCUCUGUGCACUGAUUCAUAGACAUCGACCAGAUCUUAUUGACUACUCCAAGCUUUCAAAGGAUGACCCUCUGGGAAAUAUAAACCUGGCCAUGGAAAUUGCUGAAAAACACCUGGAUAUCCCAAAGAUGUUGGAUGCAGAAGACAUUGUGAAUACCCCCAAGCCUGAUGAAAGAGCAAUCAUGACUUACGUUUCUUGCUUCUACCAUGCUUUUGCUGGAGCUGAGCAG